AUGCAAAGUUUUGGUUUUUCACUACCAUUAGCAUUAUCAACAUUAGUUGCUUAUAUUGUAUUAUUUUUUGCUCAAGGAUUUAAAAAUAAAAAAGAAAUAAUUGCUAUUGGUCAUCUUUUUUAUCUUGAUAAACCACAAGUAUCCGGUGACCGGAACGAUCGACCUGGGAUUUGGUUUUCAACAUCCGAACGAUUAGCAAUGACUUAUAAAUUAUUUGGUUUACCUUAUUAUGAAUCAGCUAUUGUUGAACAAAAUUUAUUACUUAAUAAACGACAAAAAGAUGAAAUCGAAAUGAAAGGUAAUAUCGAACCUGAUUUAACUCUCGAAAGAAAAUUUCCUGUUCCAAUGAUUUAUGUUUGUACAACAAUGUGGCAUGAAACAACAAGUGAAAUGAUUCAAUUAUUAAAAUCUGUUUUUCGUCUUGAUUCUGAUUAA